CGACCGGGCGGCGGGAUGCGCGGAGUAUAAAAGAUGAGCACAGCUACAGCUCAAUUAGUAGACACUUCUUCCACGUGCGGUCUGGAAGAAAAAUGGUUUGGAAAAUAACCCAUGAUUCUUGCAGCACCGCGCCAGUGGCAGACCUUGCGCACGAGAACAGAAGAGGUGAUGAGACGAAGGAGAUAGUUAGGUUUGUAUUGCCAUCAAUCAGGUAAGCUUUCUCUUACAAUACAUCCUUGGAUAACUGUUUCUCUGUACUCAUAGACCAGAACAUAUUAGCGACGAUCACUCGGGAUGGACGGCAUGGGUUCAACUAAGGGGGUCACGAUUUUCUUCACUGUCUUCAUGUACGUAUCUACAUUGUUUUGUGUAUAUGAGAGGAAACUGAGUGAGGCUGAAGCAGCAGUAGAACGACAGAAGGAAAAGCUGCUGAAGCUGGUGGAAAUGGUCAACGCACUGAAAGAAAAGAACAAGGAAAAUGAAAGGCGAGUUGAGAUGCAGCAGCAUGAACUCCUGGAGCAGGAAACCAUUCUCCGUGAACUAUACACUGCACUACAAAUGAAAAACGAUCCUUCGUUGCUUCCCUCUGUCCACCUUUUGCAAAGAAAGGACAUCCCAAAGGAAUUUUGGCUGUUUCGCAAGCACCAAAGGAAUCUCAUGCGCAUCACAGAACCGUACAUUAAUCAGGUCAUCGAAGCUUCCGUCGAGGCGGAUAUUGUACCCAGCACGUUGUUGAAGAAAGUUCUGAAACCUGCUCCAGCCCUGACCAGCGCUGCUCAGUAUUUUACAAAGCCCUCCAAAUGAGGAUCAGCGAAUCACCAGACACCUUUGCCACUUUUCUGCGAAUACUUCAACAACAAAUGAGAGACUCAAAACCACAUCAUUCUAGUCUGUGUAGCAAAAUACUAGCUGAGCUCAAUACAAUUUGAAAAUAUCCUUUUUUUGUAUAGUAUGCGAGUUUUGUCUUCAGCUCUGACAAAAAGUUUUUGUGGACCUGUAACUACUUAACGAAGUUUGCAUACAUGAAAUUUUGCAAUACCCUAAAUGAGUCAGUAUUAUUGAAAUCCCACAUAAUAUAGGCCUAAAGCACUCUGGUUAUUUUGAAAUUGAUGUGACCUUACCUAGUGUAUAUAUAAGGUAAUAAGUAGUCGAGACUUAUCAUUGAGUCAGCUAGCUGCCAUACAUG